CUCCUCCAGGGAACGCACGUCUGUCCCUGGUGAAGUGGGAAACCAGCCGGCCCCGCUGGCGGGCGCCUGGAACCCCGCGCCGCGCCUCUGGAAGCGAAGGGGCGUGUGACGCACCUGCCGUCGCCUAGGGCCGCGUUCUGGCCGCGCUAGGGCCCUGGGCGGCCAUGCUGUCCUGGCUCUGGCGCAUCUCCAAGCACGCGGGCCCCUCGCUGCUGUCCCUGCGCCCCGCCCGCCGUGCCUGCGCGCUCCCGCCGCGCUGGGCCCCACGGCGGCCCCUGGGUCCCCGGCCGGUGGCCCCCCGCCGCCCGCUGGCCGCAGUGGCCUCGGCCGGGCACUCCUCGCGGGUGCGCCAGAACUUCCACCCGGACUCCGAGGCCGCCGUCAACCGCCAGAUCAACCUGGAGCUCUACGCCUCCUACGUGUACUUGUCCAUGGCCUACUACUUCUCCCGAGACGACGUGGCCUUGCACAACUUCGCGAGGUACUUCCUCCGCCAGUCCCGCGAGGAGACGGAGCACGCGGAGAAGCUGAUGAGGCUGCAGAACCAGCGCGGGGGCCGGAUCUGCCUGCAGGCCGUGAGGAAGCCGGAGCGGGACGACUGGGGAGGCGGGCUGCAAGCCAUGGAGUGCGCCCUGCGGCUGGAGAAGGAGGUGAACCAGGCCCUGCUGGAGCUGCACUCGCUGGCCUCGGACAGAGGGGACCCGCACCUGUGCGACUUCCUGGAAACCCACUACCUGCAUGAGCAGGUGAAGUCCAUCAAGGAACUGGGGGACCACGUGCACAACCUCGUCAGGAUGGGGGCCCCGGAGGCCGGCCUGGCCGAGUACCUUUUUGAUAAACACACCCUUGGAAACGAAACCAAGCACAACUAAACCCACGCUGCCUUCCCCACGGCCCACUGUUCCCGAGACCCAGAGCCAGCUGUCUCCUGCUUUCUCGCCCCCUUACACCUCGCCUCCAACUCUGUAUUCUCCGCCUGUUACACUGUCCCCCAGUGAAGAGAUUCCUAGAGAAAAUCCGUUUAGCACCAUGUUAACAAGGGAUUUUGGCCAGCAUCAAGACACUCAUUUUCUCAGCCCAAAUGAUACUCCAGGAUAAGAUGGUAUGAAAAGGAUUGCAGAAACAAAACAAAAGACGUUUGCUGUGGAUGCAGACUUUCUCCAGUCGCCAAACAGUAUCUCAGACCAUGAACUAACACUAAAAUUCCAUGAUUUUCAGUUCAAAAAGUGACUCCUAUUUUCAACCUCUCCUUCAAAAAUCUAAGAUGGGAAAGUGUCGAAGAUGAAUACACAAACAGCUAUAAUGAUACAGAACUGAAGAAUAGAAGUAGCACUGUGAAACUACACACAUGCACAAUUCUGUGACAACGGAUACCUCUUCCCAGUGUGUUCCAAGGAACAGCAAUGUCUGGAGAUGGUUUGUUUUUUAAAAGGUUUUGUAAGCAAUUAAAUUUGGGAUAAACUACAUCAGAUAAUCA